AGGAAGCGAAGGGAGGUGGUGGAGGAGGAGGGGAGCCGGAGCCUUCUCCCUCCGCCGCCGCGGAGACAAAAGAGCCAGCGAGGGAGGGCAGCCUCUCCUCCCUCUCCCCCCUUUCCUGCCAUUCUUCUUCUUCUUCAUCAUCAUCACCCGGAGCCCAGAGAGAGGACUGUCCUCGUCCCAGAAUAUUGCAAGCAUAAUUUUGCUCAAGGCGUAACUUUUACUGUCUAGAUCCUGCGUUGUGCCAAAGGUUACAACUUAACUGCUUUCUAUCCUGAUAAUUGUUUGGUUGCAUGAGGGACUCCAUGAAAGAUGACAGAAGAAGUUAUUGUUAUAGCAAAGUGGGAUUACACUGCGCAACAGGACCAAGAACUUGACAUAAAGAAGAAUGAGCGCCUCUGGCUGCUAGAUGAUUCCAAAACAUGGUGGAGGGUAAGAAAUGCAGCCAACAAAACAGGAUACGUGCCAUCAAAUUAUGUCGAGAGAAAGAACAGUUUGAAGAAGGGUUCUUUGGUUAAGAAUCUGAAAGAUACAUUAGGCUUGGGCAAAACAAAACGAAAGACGAGUGCCAGAGAUGCUUCACCGACCCCUAGUACCGAUGCAGAAUACCCCUCCAAUGGCAGUAGUGCUGAUCGGAUUUAUGACCUGAACAUCCCAGCAUAUGUUAAAUUUGCUUAUGUGGCAGAGAGGGAGGAUGAACUGUCUCUUGUGAAAGGAUCUCGAGUUACUGUUAUGGAAAAAUGCAGUGACGGCUGGUGGAGAGGGAGCUACAAUGCACAAAUUGGCUGGUUUCCUUCAAACUAUGUAGUAGAGGAAGUUGAGGAAGCAACGGCUGAUUCACCGAGUUUUCUAAGUUUGAGGAAAGGAGCAUCUAUGAGUAAUGGCCAGGCCAUGAAAGUACUUCAUGUUGUUCAGACGUUGUACCCGUUCAGUUCUGUCACGGAAGAAGAGCUCAACUUUGAGAAAGGUGAAACCAUGGAAGUCAUAGAGAAACCUGAAAAUGACCCAGAAUGGUGGAAAUGUAAAAAUUCUCGAGGGCAGAUUGGUCUUGUUCCCAAAAACUAUGUAAUAAUCUUAAGUGAUGGUCCUACUAUGAACGCUUCCCAUCCGCCCCCAAUAAGCUACACUGGGCCUUCUUCUACAGGACGGUUUGCAGGAAGAGAAUGGUAUUAUGGGAAUGUUACUCGGCAUCAGGCAGAAUGUGCUUUAAAUGAGAGAGGAGUGGAAGGGGACUUCCUCGUCAGAGAUAGUGAAUCUUCGCCCAGUGACUUUUCAGUAUCUCUAAAGGCAUCAGGGAAGAACAAACAUUUCAAGGUGCAGCUGGUGGACAAUGUCUAUUGCAUUGGACAGCGUCGCUUUAAUACUAUGGAUGAGUUGGUGGAACACUACAAAAAGGCUCCUAUCUUCACCAGUGAACAUGGGGAAAAGUUAUAUCUCAUCAAAGCACUUCAGUGACAUUGAAGAUGAACUGGGCCUGCCAGGGCCUCUUAUAACUUACAAGCCUUAGGUCUGAAAUACACUUUUAUAUAACAGAGCAGUCUAUACCAGUCUGAGACAGUUGUCAAGAAUGACCUCUUUCUAAAACAUUUGCUCUGUUGAUUAUAUUAUUUCUCUCUUUGCCCUCUCCCAGCAUCUUGUUUUUUUGUUUGCCUACUUUGUCUUUUAAAAGUUCAGUUGUUUCACAUGCCCCCUCAGGUUGAAAAUCUCACUUAAGUGGCCAUUACAAGUCCUCUUUUUCUUCACCGGGUUCUAAACUCCUCUCUUCUGUGUACGUUUACAUAGUUAGUUCACAUAAAUGAGGGGUAUUUUCAGUUUAAACAGUGUUAAAUUGUUCCAGUAGCUCUCGCUGGCAGAACGCUAGCAGAACUCAUUGAGAGACUGGGCACGGUUGGAAUGCACUGAACCUGCAGCUAACUAAGUGAAAUAUAGUUGACAUAACAGUUUUGGCUGUGAGUUCUGUAGCUAUUUUGCUUACCAGGUAGUAUACUCCAGAAAUUCCUAGUAUCUAGAAGCACUCUUUACACUCUCUAUUCAACUAUUACAUUGCCUCUUUGACUCUUUGUGAAGAGUACACUAACUAAAGCAUUUUGUAAUAGAACUUCUUAAACUACUACGGUAAGAUUGUAGUAAAAGUAUCUAGCGUACUUUGACAUGUAAUUGCAACAGAGAUGUUUCAUUGAAAGUUGAUUACUUAGAGAAUCAUUGAAUUGUAAUGGUUGAAUGUUUUGGUAAUCUACAACCAAAUGUGCCAUCCACAUAAUGCUUUCUCUUCUUGCCCUUCUGCUUGUUUGAAUUAAACAAUUAUGUAUUUAAUUCUUAAAGUAAUAUGUAUCUGUAGCUGAUUUACACUAAUACAGAAGUUUAAUAAACAUAACUAAUUAUGGGCAGGUUGGGCUUCCAACACAUACACACAUACAUAUAAUAUAUAUCUAUAUAUAUAUAUAUGCAUUACAGAAAAAACCAGGGUUUACAAAAGUUGGUGUGAUUAAUAGUGAGACACAGAAUGUUAUAUGAAGAAAAUGCAUUUUCUUUUUUCUUUUCUUUUAACCUGCUUACGGUUUUCAAUAUAGGCUUGAUGGCACAUUCCUAAAAUUUGGAGAAAGAAAAAAAAGGACCUUGAUGAACCUAGAAACUUGCAUACACAGAGUUUUGGGGGUUUUUUGGAUUUGUAAUAAAAAAAGGUAUCAUAUGAAGAUGGAGUAUUGAAUUUAUCCUUGACAUUAGUACAGCAUGAUAGAAAUUUAUAGAGGGAUUUUUUUUCAUUUAUAUGUUUGAAUGUAAGGUUUGAAUAGCUUAAAACAGGUUGGAUAAAACUGAUUACUGGUAUUCUCAUUAUUUAAAAAAAUAUUUCCUGACAUAGGCAGAACUUCAAAUGUAUGCACAGUUGUUUGUUUGUUCCAUUGAAUUCCAGUGGUACGCUGAUGCCAGGACUACCACAGCCCUUAUAAUUUCAUCAAGGUCUAUAUUAAAGCACCAUCUGCACAGCACUAUGACAAAUGAGAUACAGCACUGGAUGGUUCUUUGGGAUGAACCCAGCAAGAUGGUGCUUCUAUUCUCACUGCAGGUAUAUUAUUCUGGGCCAGAGUAUGUGUACUUAACAUGUAAUUUACAAUAAUUUACUAUAACAGACUUGUGUUUAUGUCAGAGAGAGCCUCCUCUGGUAGUUAAAGGGCUGUGGCAUACAGCUUUACGUUUCAUGGUGCUCAGUAGGAAUAAAUCCAAGUGUACUCUCAGUUUUGCAUAUAUGCCGUAGCUGUAAAUGUGUUUACUUGCCAACUGUCAGGAACAAAGACAACUGAUGCCAAAUCAGGAAGUCUUUCCUUUAUUCUGGGAUCCUGUCUAAUAGAAACUGGCGGCAGACACUUGAAAAUCCCUUGGCAGAGAAUCUUUGUCCACAGGCCCGACUCUUCUCCACCUCCACCACUUAAUGACUGGUUGAAGCUCUACAAGCAUAAACACUUCAUUUAAAAUGAGUUCAGCUCAUCUGAUGUAACUGUGGAUGAUUUCAUCUGUGAAUAUUUAGUAUGCUUUGGGUCUCCUCAAGACCUUAGCAGAGCCCGCUGAUCUCAGAUAAUCUCUCACUGCGGUUCAAAGAAAUGCCUUUCUCUGUUUCCAGCUGUUUUCAGCUAAGGUGUUCAUUUUUAUUGUGUGCAUUUCUGGGAGAUAAAUACCUGUGCCUGGUGUUCAUUUUUGGAUUGCCAUUUUAAGCUUUUCCAAGAUUAGUCCAAAUAUGAAUUCUAGGUGACAGUAUUCAUGGAAAUACUAGGCUGCAAUCUGUUGAAAUAUUUUCCUGUUGAAACCCUAUUGAAAUUCAUUUCAGUUGUGCUUCUUAUAAAUUAUACUCAACUCUUUAAAGGGUUUUUUGUUUUUCAUGUAUUAAAUCCUAUCUGUGUUUGGGGUGACAAAAAUGUAUUAAGUUCUGUAUAAUAGAUCCAUAUUCUUUAUGUUGUUUUAUAUUUCAUUAGAAAAAAAAUGCCUCUACUGCUUACAAUAUGCAGUUCUUGACACUCAGUUCUUGACACUAAGACUUGAUUCUUUUUCUUGAGCAAUUGGCAGUUUAUCACACUUUAAAUGCAAAAUAAAUAGCUCAGAUAAUUCCUUCCAGUGGGUACCAGUUUGGCUUUGUCAGCAGUGAAUUCAGUAUUUACACUUACACUUAACUGUUUGCAUUCAAGACCUCCUAGCAUUUCUUUUUCUGCAUUUAAUCGUAAAAAUAAUGUCCUUGAAGGAUUUAUAAAAGUGCUGUUUUUAAUCGAGUCUUCCUUUCAUAGCAAUAUUAAUUAUACAGGGUUUUUAUUAAAGACCAUUUCUUAAACCAAAUAUUUCCAUACUCUUAAACUAGGACCAGUCCAAAGGGUUCAAUCAUGAAAGUGGUGCAUAAUUCUUCUGUGCAUUUAUAUUGCCACUGAUCUCAAAUGCUAAAUUCGUUGUCUGAAGAUGAUGUAUUUUCUUAUUACGGUAUUAUGCUGUAUAUGACACUUGACUUUUUUCAUAGUGCUAUUUUGAAAUAGGUGAGCUUUCCACAUGGAAACUAUGGUGCUAACAUCUUGAAAACUACUAAACUUGGAAUCCGAUAUUCUGAAAUCUUUGAUUAUCUUUUGGUAUUUUUGUUUGUUUGCUUGUGUUUGCUACAGAGCAUAUACAUGAUAAGAGAGACAACUGUUACCUCUGGCUUGGUUUGUACAUUAUGUUGGAUGGAGGGCUUUCAUUUACUGGAGAUUUUUUUGUGAGAGAAGGCUUUCAUCAUCCUCUCUCAAGUUAGCCUUUUCAAAUGUGUUGCCAAGAUGGGAAAGAUUCUGGAGAAUGGCCUGAUCUUGGAGAGGAGAAAGAAACAUUUGUCCCUCAGCAUCUUCAUUUGUUUUUGUAGUACAGCAUUCUUUAGUCUGACUAUUUCUGAGGCAAAAAAUGACUUGCUUCAGAAAGGAAAAAGAUUGUAGUGCUGGAGGAGACAAAAAGAAAGGUAUCAAGAAAUGGAGAUUGUUCAUCGUGUUCCUUUGACUUCAGUUCCUAAACCUCCCUUGUUCUAAAUGCAUUUUUUCUGUGAAUUUGAACUGAGCCUAUCUGUAUGGAUUCAUUUUUCCACAGUCAUUUUUUCAGAAGCCUGAUAUCUUUUUGCUCAUUUAUUUCACUUU